AUGGCUUUUGCCAACUUCACUGCAGGGUUCAGAUCACUGGUUUUGGUGCUGAUUCUAGCCCUCACUGUAAGGAGCUCACCCCAUAGACGGUCUAGCAAGAAUGGUGCCACUGGGAGGCUGAGUGAAGAUUGCCUGACCCAAAAGGAUCUCAAAUUCCCCACAACUGUGGAAGUUGACAUUCGUAUCAGCAAUUCAGAUCAUGCCUUUAGGAUGAUCCAUGAUGUCAGUAACCGUUCUCUUGCUCCUUGGGAUUACAGGCUCGACAAGGAUCCCAACCGCUAUCCCCAAGUGAUUGCUGAUGCCCAGUGCCGCCUCUCCAGCUGUGUGAACUCCCUGGGGCAGGAGGACUACAGCUUCAACUCUGUCCCUAUCAAACAGGAGAUCCUUGUGCUCCAUCGGGAGAAGCAGGGCUGCCAGGUCACCUAUCGUCUGGAGAAGAAGGUCAUCACUGUGGGCUGCACAUGUGCCAUUCCCGUCAUCCACCACCAGUCCUAG